AUGAAUCAGGUUGAUGAUUAUGAAUAUUUUUGUCAUAGUUGUGAAGAUGUAAAAAGAACAAGUGAUGUUGAAAUUAUUUGUGAUGGGGAAUUAAAAUGUAAAAGUUGCAAUAAUGUUGGUUUUGUAGAAAAAAUUGAUGAAGACGAUCCAGUUAGUUUCCAUUCAGUUAAUUAUGAUAGGGAUAGUCAAUCAAAUGCCAAUAAUAGUGAUCAAAAUAAUCCAAAUAUUUCCAAUAGAAAUAGUAGUAAUAAUAAUAAUAAUACAAAUAGUAGUAACCAUAAUGGGAGAGUAGGAAAUAAUAGAAGUAGUAGUAACUAUCGAAUUGAAUAUACAAAUAGCAGUAAUGCAUUUAACCCUAAUGAUAACAUUUUUAGUGAUAUGAUGUUCUUCCGAAAUAUGUAUCAACAAAUAUAUAGCACCGGAUUUAGAACCGUUGAUGGUAAUAUAAAUUUUACUUCUAAUUUUGAACCCUCAUCGAAUUCAAACAGAUCUAAUGAUGUUAGUGCCGAGAAUACAAAUGGCAAUAAUGUCAGAAAUGUUAAUAAUAGUAAUGGAAACAGAAAUGAUUGGUUUAGUAGAGUUUUCUUUGGAACAAAUUCGAGGCCAUCCAAUCUAAGUAGUCACAACACUUCAAAUAAUAACAGCACUAACAAUGAUAAUAAUAAUGAUAAUAAUAAUAAUAAUAAUAACAAUAAUAAUAAUAACAAUAAUAAUAAUAACAAUAAUAAUAAUAACGGUGCUAACCAAAAUAACAAUAAUCGAAAUAUAAGAAAUCCGAGAAUUAUUACUCGAGCUAUAGAUAUAACUAACAUUCCAUUAAAUUCGCCAAUUAGAUUAAAUUUUCAUGAUAUAAUUGAUAAUAUUUUAACAAAUUCAUUUGAUAAUAUUUCUUUAGAUCAAGUAUUAACAAUUAUUAUGGAGAGCGACCCAUCCAGAAAUGGUCCUCCUCCAGCUUCUGAAGAAAUAAUAAAAAAUUUAAAAAUAGAAAAAUUAACAUUUGAAAGAGCUCAAGAAUUAGAAUCAUGUGCUAUAUGUAGAGAAGAAUAUAAAGAAAAUGAUCAAGUUCAUAGAAUAACAGAUAAUGAACGAUGUAGACAUGUUUUUCAUUGUGAUUGUAUUAUCCCAUGGUUAAAGGAAAGAAAUUCUUGUCCUACUUGUCGUUUUGAAUUACCUACUGAUGAUCAAGAAUAUAAUUGUAAAAGAGAAGAAUUAAGAGAACGAAUAAAUUCUGAAAUAUCUCGAAAUAAUUCUCUUAAUAAUUCGAAUAAUGUUGAUGUUGGUCAGGAUGAAAGUGGGGUAGGAACUAACAAUGAGGAAAGGAAUAACGAAAAUGAAAUGGAAGAAAAAACAGAUAAUGAUAAUGGAAAUAGAGAAUCUAAUGAUAAUGGAAAUAGAGAAUCUAAUGAUAAUGGGGAUAGAACUGAUUCUAGAAAUAGAAGAGGAAGUGAAUCAGGGAAUCGAACUGAAGCAAGAUUUUUACAAUUUGGUGAUGAACAUGAAUUAAAUGGGUUGGGUGAUUUUGCAACAAUGAACACAUCGUCAAUUAUACAAAAUAUUUUUAAUAAUUUUAUAAAUGGGUCAAAUAGUGAUGGUUCAGGAGUGAGUAGAAUAUUUUUUCCACAACAAGCAUCUAAUAGAAGUGUGAAUCGAAAUUCAGAUACAAGAAAUAUUUUUGAGGAAAGUCAAAUUCGACCUGAACAUGUUAUUGUUAAUAUAACUGGUUCUAUAGAUGAAAUAAAUGGAUUCCCAACUAGUAACAAUAAUAAUAGUAGCAACAAUAAUAAUAACAGCAAUAAUAAUAGUAGCAAUAGUAGCAAUAAUAAUAAUAGCAAUAGUAGCAAUAAUAAUAAUAGCAAUAGUAGCAAUAAUAAUAAUAGCAAUAGUAGCAAUAGUAGCAGUAGCAAUAAUUUUCAAAAUAAUGGGGGAAAUGAAACGAACACUAAUCAAGAAUGUGGAAAUAAUAACCAGGAGAAAAGUAGUUGUUCAAAUGAUGGGAACAGAUGUAACGAUAGAAAGAAAAAUGAUAUAAAUAGUGAAAAUUCGAAUGAAAUAAAUAAUCAAGGUCGAGAUAAUUCUAGUAAUGCACCACAUAUAGGAGAAAAUAUAUUUGGGGCAUCAAAUUUUUUUUCGAGCUCAAAUUUAUCAGGAUUACAAAGCUUAUUUGAUGGAAAUAAUUUAUUUGAUACUGCAAGUAUAAUUAUAACAAAUAUAAGUAAUCAUAAUAAUACACCAAAUUCUAUAAAUUCUAAUUCAGUGGAUUUUCCAAAUGUUUUUAAUAAUAUAAAUGAAUUUUGUACAAACAUUAAUAAUUUACAUGAAGAAAGAAAUGAAUCUAUUUCGACUCCUAUCGAUUCUAACAAUAUUCAAACUAGUAAUACAAAUGAUAAAGAAGAUCAAAAAAAUAAUUCUGAUGAUAUGGGAAAUAAUAACAAGAAUGGAACAAAAAAAAAUGAAAAAAGGAUGUAUGAAAAAGUGCAAUUAUCUUAUAAUGAUAGAGAUAAUAGCAGUGGUAGUAGAAGGAGUCGAAAUGAUGAUACUGAAGAAGAAAUAAUUCGAAAAAAAUAUAAAAACUGUGAAAAUUAUGAUGAUGAAAAUAAAUAUACUGAAAUGAAUGGGAAUAAUAAUAGGGAUAAUGAUAAGGAAAGUGAAAAAAAUGAAAAAUCGGAUACUUGUGUAAUUGAUAGUAUAGAAAAUAACGAAGAAAAUAAUGGUAACAAUAAUGAAUGUAAAAACCCAGAAAAGCAAAAAACUGUUAAAAGUUAUAUAUUUAACAAAUUUAACUGGCUAAAAGGGUAUGAUAAUAAUAAAGAAAAAAAAAAAAAAUCUGAAAAAAAUAAUGAAAAAAAUAAUGACAAACAGGAUUCAAACAUAAUGCAAGAUGACAACACAAAUUAUAAACAUGAAAAAGAAGCUAAUACAACCGAAUCAGAUAAAAUGAACAAAAAUAACAAGUCGGGAUAUUCGGUGCAAGACGGUGGAAAUGAAGAAACUAAUAAAAGUGAUACUUAUUUUCGGGGAACGGGAAAAGAUGAAAUUAAUGAUAUGAAGGAAAAUCUUAACAAUGAUUAA